AUGGCGGGGAGCGGUUUCGGGGACGUGAUGUCGAAUUGGGGUUUGGGAGUGGCGCCUGGGAACGCCCAGGCGAGUGCAGGGCAGGGCGCCGCGGAGCAGGGCGCGGGGCCCAACCUGCUGCAUAGAUCGGAGCUGGUGCCGAUUGACCAGACCCUGAUGUCACCCGCGCUGGCGCACGCCUUCGCCAUCCCGAGCACCGGCGUUCCAUUGUCCGACGACGGCUGCGUGCCUCCAGGGCAGGAUCUCCGGCCGGGCGAGGAGGCGACGCGAUCCGGCGGGCUCCCGAUGAGCGUGCAGGCCAACUCUGCGGACGCCUGGACGCCCAAUCCGGGCGUGUCUCAGCGUUUCUUUCCCGGGGGCCUGAUGGGUGUUCCCCCAGCAGGGGACCGGGGUUGUGGCCCUGGGUGCAAUCCGCAGAUGCCACAGAUGUCGCUGCCCCUGCCGCUGGGAAUGGCAGCAGUGGGAGGGCAGGUGGGGCUUCCGGGCCUGGCACUGAUGCCACAGGGACCCCAGGAUGGGAUCCAGCAGGGGGGUUGGGACGCGAUGCAGGCACUGCGCACUGAGCCUGCCGCACAGUGGAAGGGGCUGACCUGCUUGGCCGCCGGCCAGGAGCAGCAGCUGCAACUGCAGCAGCAAUUGCACCAGCAACUGCAGCUGCAGGAGCAGCAGCAGCAGCAGCAGCGACAACUGCAACAGCAGCAGCAACAGCAGCAGCUGCAGCUGCAACAACAGCAACAACAGCAGCAGCUGCGGCUGCAACAACAGCAGCAACAGCAGCAGCUGUGGGGUGUGGAUGAGAAGCCGCAGAGGCGCACCCGUGUCUUUUGGACCACUGAUCUAAAGAAGAGGUUCGAGAAUGCGGUGAAGGAGCUGGGGCUUGACCACGCGACGCCAAAGCAGAUCUUGAAGCUGAUGCUCGUGGAGGGACUGACAAGGGAGAACGUGGCCAGCCACCUGCAGAAGUUCAGAGUGAAACACAAGAAGCCUGAGGGUCAGAGCAGGCACAAGAAGUCCAGCAGCGGGUUGGCUGGAUCUGUUGCAGGAAAUCCUGAGGGCGACAAGGGCAUGAAUGAUGAGACUGGGGAUGAAGAGGAGCCAGAGGCGAGCGAGUCGACGCAGGAUGGGGAGCAGGAAGGGAUGUCUGCGUGUAGCAUCCCUCCUGCACGCAGUGAUCGUAUGAAGGACAUUGCUCCUGAGGCUAUGAACAAGGAUGGGUGUGCAUAG